CAUAACCUUACAUUGACUUAAAACUCAAAAAAUUGGUUAUUUAAGUUACUACUGUAUUUCGAAAAUUCAGUUUUGAAGUUGUUUUGUUUAAGAUGGGGAAGUCUAGCGAUUCAAGCACAAGCGAUAGUGAAGAAGAUAGGAAGCAGAGAGAUGAGUUUGCAGAAAGGCUGAAGAAGCGUGACAAAGAAAAAACUAGGAAUGUUGUUUCAGCACGAUCAAAUAAAAAAACCUACGAGGAAGCUGCAAAAAGACUUAAACUGGAAAAUGAAAACAGGGAUAAGGUUGUCUCUCGAAUGCGUGUUGAAUCGAGAAGGAAAUAUCUCGAAAAACGUAAAGAAGACAAGGUUGCUGAAUUGGAGGCUGAUAUCCAAGAUGAUGAGUACCUGUUCAAUGAACAAGAGCUCACAGAAAGAGAAAAGAAAAAUCGAGAUGAGAAGAAGUUUUUGCUCGCUUUGGCCAAAGAACAUGACAAGGCUGGAGAGCUGGAGAAAGUCCAGCGUUACCACAUGCCUCAGGACACUAAGGACAGCAAGGACCAAUAUGAGGAGGUGGACGAGCGAGAGCGGAUGCCACACUAUGAACAGCGCAAGUGGGAGGAGGAACAAAUGUCCUCCGCUGUGUUCCACUUCGGAGCGAAACAGAGAGACCAACAACAGGAAUACGACUUGGUGCUGGAGAACCAGAUAGAUUUCAUACAAGCUCUGUGCAUGCCUGGCAACCGAGACAAGGAUAAGGACAAGGAAGAAGUUUCGGAAGCCCAAAAGAAAAAAAUGAACAUUGAAGAAACUCAAAAGAGUCUCCCAAUUUAUCCUUUCAAAGAAGAUUUAAUCGCUGCAGUUCGGGAACAUCAGAUUCUUAUCAUAGAAGGAGAGACGGGUUCAGGCAAGACUACGCAGAUUCCGCAGUAUCUUCACCAGGCAGGCUUUACAGAAGAUAAGAAGAAGAUAGGCUGCACACAGCCCCGACGAGUGGCUGCAAUGUCAGUGGCGGCUCGUGUGGCUGAGGAGAUGGGGGUUAAGUUAGGCAACGAGGUUGGAUACAGUAUCAGAUUUGAGGAUUGCACCUCUGAACGGACGAUCAUCAAAUAUAUGACUGAUGGUACUUUACAUAGAGAAUUUCUGUCAGAGCCUGAUUUACAAACAUACAGUGUGAUGAUAAUUGACGAGGCCCACGAGCGCACGUUACACACAGACAUCCUGUUUGGACUGGUCAAGGAUAUCACCAGGUUCAGACCAGAUCUCAAACUUCUCAUCUCCAGCGCAACUCUCGACGCUCAGAAGUUCUCCGACUUCUUUGACGACGCUCCCAUCUUCAGGAUACCAGGCAGAAGAUUCCCCGUUGAUAUCUACUACACCAAGGCUCCAGAGGCAGACUACAUAGAUGCGUGUGUUGUUUCCAUUCUGCAGAUCCAUGCCACACAGCCUCUGGGGGACAUAUUGGUCUUCUUAACAGGUCAGGAGGAGAUUGAGACAUGCCAAGAACUGUUGCAGGACAGAGUGCGCAGACUUGGCUCCAAGAUCAAAGAGUUGAUCAUUCUGCCUGUCUACUCCAACCUGCCUAGUGACAUGCAGGCAAAGAUAUUCAUGCCCACGCCUCCGGGCGCCAGGAAGGUAGUGUUGGCAACAAACAUCGCAGAAACGUCACUGACAAUAGACAAUAUCAUUUAUGUGAUUGACCCUGGUUUUUGUAAACAGAACAAUUUCAACUCCCGAACUGGCAUGGAGUCUCUCAUUGUUGUGCCUAUAUCCAAGGCGUCGGCCAAUCAGAGAGCAGGACGCGCAGGCCGAGUGGCUGCAGGCAAGUGUUUCCGUCUGUACACGGCCUGGGCGUACAAACACGAGCUGGAGGACAAAACGGUGCCUGAGAUACAAAGGAUCAAUCUGGGCAACGCUGUGCUUACGCUCAAGGCACUCGGGAUCAACGACCUCAUACACUUUGACUUUCUCGACCCCCCGCCUCACGAGACUCUGGUUUUAGCUCUAGAGCAGCUGUAUGCACUGGGAGCGUUGAACCAUCACGGAGAGCUUACUAAGCUCGGCCGACGGAUGGCUGAGUUCCCCCUUGAUCCGAUGAUGGCUAAAAUGCUCAUUGCUUCUGAAAAGUACAAGUGUAGUGAGGAGAUAGUGAGCAUCGCAGCCAUGUUGUCAGUAAACAGCGCCAUCUUCUAUCGGCCGAAGGACAAGAUAAUUCACGCAGACACAGCUCGCAAGAACUUCUUUGUUCCCGGAGGCGACCACCUGGUGUUGCUCAAUGUGUACAAGCAGUGGGCGGAUACUGACCACAGUACGCAGUGGUGCUACGAGAACUUCAUACAGUACAGAUCAAUGAAGAGAGCACGAGAUGUCCGGGAACAGCUGAUUGGGUUGAUGCAGAGAGUGGAGAUGGAAUUGACGUCCAACCCCACAGAAACUAUCAACAUCAGGAAGGCCAUUACGUCAGGGUACUUCUACCAUGUAGCCCGGCUGUCGAAGGGAGGUCACUACAAAACUGUCAAACACAACCAGACAGUCAUGAUACACCCCAACAGUGCCUUGUUUGAGGAACUACCUCGAUGGGUCAUCUACCACGAGUUGGUCUUUACCACCAAGGAGUUUAUGAGACAGGUUUCAGAGAUAGAGAGCAAAUGGUUGCUGGAGGUUGCGCCUCACUACUACAAACAAAAAGAACUGGAAGAUUCAACGAACAAGAAGAUGCCAAAAGUUAUUGGAAAGACGAGAGCGGAAUUGGUGUCCUAAACUGUUAAGUUAGUCUGGGGUUGCAAGUUGCAAUGUGCUUAUUCUUGGCAAGAGAACACAAACAUUUUUGUCUGUAGAUUUCCAUGCUUAUUUAACUUAGAUAGUUAAAGGGAAACACAACUAAAAUUGUUUUUUUCUUUCUGAAAAUAGUUUUAGAUUUAUUUGCUUGAGAGAAAAAAUUCUAUCGGAAGACUGAAAGUGGUUUUUAUAAUCACUAG